CGAAGUAAAUCAAUUUUCAUAAAAUCCGCAAAACAAGCCGAAAAAGAGAGAAACAAAACAAAACAGACAAACAAAUCGGCGUUUCAUCGGUGAUUCUUUGAUUUUUGAUUCUUUCAACCAAAAAAUCCUCUGUUUUUAAUCUGGUCAAACGAAUUUAGUGUACAUUUUCUCAAAUUUCACCUGUGAUUCAUUUCUUUUUGUGUGUGUUUUUUUUCUUCAAAUUUAAAACAACAACAAAGUGAUGACUUCAAUACAGAAAACAAUCGAACAUCAACAACCGCAACAAUCUUCAAUUCAAGUUGUACGAACAAAUAUGGACAACGAAGAAGAUAAUCCAUUUCGACCGGGCUCAGAAUUAAGCCGUGAAGCCGAUAUAAUUGUUAAUCUAAUCAAAGAAGGUAAACCAAUUACACCAACGGGUGAUAUAAUAACCGCCACCGGUGCCAACAAUUCAAAUGUUGCCGCUGUCAACAACAGUAAUAGCCAAACACCACAAAAGCAAAAAGAAGAAAUUCUAAUCAAACAACAAACACAUUUAGUCAAUGAUGAUAAAGAUGGUCAAAUAAAUACAAAAAUUCAUAAUAAUAAAAGCAAUAAUAAUAAUAAUAAUAUAGAACCAGGACAAAUUGAAAUUCAACAUGGAAUUAUUGUUGCAAAUAAUGUUGAUAAUAAUAAUAUGACAACAACAGUCGAACAGAUUAAUCUUAAAAAGAAACGUAAAUGUUGUUCACUUAUUUAAAAAAACCAACAAAAAAAAAAUGUGUGUCAAGAAUGGAUUCACAACAU